AUGUUCUCUACCACCACUAGAACCAAUCAGGUUGAUGAGGACAUCGAGUUAGCUGAGCUUUUUGGCGGCUAUACACCUUUUCACCAGGUUAACACCGAGACUACAUCACCUACGCCUGUCUUGCUGUCAGUCGCCCAAACUCGAUCUCAUACAUCCAAUCAUCGACUUCCCAACAUCCAAACAAUGCUGUCGAGUACGAACAAGUCAGCAGUCGUACGCCAUGAGGAGAAGACAUGGUUCAGUCAUUUCAUAGAGUAUGCCCCUAUAGAACCAUUGGCACUACGAUUAGAGUUUCUUGUAAUGGCGAAGUAG